UAUAGUUGUUGGAGCAAAAACGCUAGCAAAGCUAGCUUGCUCCUUUUUCUUUUUUGCAUCCUCAACAAUAAUCCUGAUAGAUAGACAGAGACAGAUAUAUAUUGAUAGUUAUGGAAGGCGCAGCAGCAGGGUCAGGGUCGGGGGGUUCGUCGUCGUCGUUGGUGUUCCGUGGGUGUCAUCUGCCGCCGGGCUUCCGAUUCCAACCCACCGAUCAGGAGAUCAUCGUCUGCUACCUGAAGAAGAAGAUCGCCGGCACCGCCACCUCCGUCACCUCCAUCAUCGCCGACGUCGACAUCUACAAGUUCGACCCAUGGGACCUCCCUGACAAGGCUAUGUUCGGCGAGGGCGAGUGGUUCUUCUUCAGCCCUCGUGACCGCAAGUACCCGAACGGCGCCCGGCCAAACCGCACGGCGGGGUCGGGCUACUGGAAGGCGACGGGAACGGACAAGCCCAUCCUGGCGGCCGGCGGCGCGCACUGCCUGGGCGUGAAGAAGGCGCUCGUCUUCUACCAGGGGCGGUCCCCCAAGGGCAGCAAGACGGAGUGGGUGAUGCACGAGUACAGACUCCUCGACACAGACGCCGCCAGCAGGCCAACCACCGCCGCCGCCAACUCCAUGAGGCUUGACGACUGGGUCCUCUGCCGCGUCCGCAAGAAGGGCGUCUCCUUGGGCCCGGCGGCGGACAUGGAAGACACCACCGACUACCACCAGCAACAUCAUCAUCAGCUGGUGCCCGAGCCCGAGCCUGACGCCGGCGUGUUUGGCGACGUCGUCAUCGACGACGACUGGAACAACAGCGACGACCUGCUGCAGUACUUUAUAGCCAGCGGCGCGGGGUCCCCGUCCGCCCACCAUAUGCCGCAGCAGCAGCAUGAUGAUCAGGGGCCCGGACACGGACACGCCGCCGCCGAAAGCGCCGCGCCGCCGCACGCCCACCACCACCACCAUGCUGGGCUGGUCUCCGUGCUGGAGUCCAUCAAGAGGAACCUGUCGUUCCAGGCCAUCGACGAGCUCUACCUCCUGCAGCCCAGCAGCAAGCGUGCCAACUACAUGACGGCGAUGCUCGACGCCGCCGCCGCCGCCGCCCACGAAAACCAACGUCGACACAGCAGCAUGUCGUCGUCGCCCUCGCCCACGUGCUUCUCCAUAUCCGACGACACCGACGAGGUGUUCUAG